AUGCGGACAGUCCAUGGUCCUCGCCCGCCGCUCCACGAAGCCAAGCCCGAACCAUGCGGCGCCCAUCGUAGCGACGGCCGCGGUGGGCAUCCAUCGUCUGGCCGUGCCCCGUGCCAUGCCCCGUCUCUCGCCUUCACCAGCUCAACCGGAUCACGCUCGCCCGCUGUCCCUUUAUCCAUCGCUGCCGAUAAACAACACUUUCGCUGUCGCUUCCGCCUGCCAUGGCACCCCGUCGUUGCGGCACUCACUUGGUUACUACUUGCACCGGGCGCCCUGCUCCGUCCCGCCGCCGCAGCGAACGUGUCUUUCGAGAACUGCUUGUCUGAGACAUAUAUCAAGAACGUGCCUACGCCGCUGCAAUGGGUGCCAAAGUUCGUCGACGCCUCGUUCAACUCGACGGAUGGAAAGCACACUCUUCGUGUGACCAUGUGGGGGAAUGUAACGGGCGCCUUCACCAACGUCGCCCUGCCGUCGGCUGGGAGCCCAGACUGGCAGGACGCAACCAAGACGGACGGCAAGAUCCUGGAUGAGCCCGAACCGAACGCGCCGAAUCCCAAACUCACAACGCUCCACAGUAGGAUAGACGUCCUCACUUACCAGCCCUGGAGCGAAAACACCAACUUCUGCAACACUUCGCUGGCGAAUGCCUCAUGCCCGCUUGCGCCCGUCUUCCUGGAUGCCAACUACAGUUCUCGACAUCUUCUGCCAUCCGUGACCAUGAGCAACGACUUCUACUCGUCCUAUGCCUUCACUUCCUUUACCGCCACCUUCAUCAUUAUCUAUGGAGACUCCAAAGGCACCAAUAUCGGAUGUGUCUCAGCCUCUGUGACGCCGGAUCUGGGAGACUUGGCUUGGAUGCUCAAGUUCCUCUCCUUGGCUGUGCUGAUGUUUGUGGGUGCCGCCACCGUCUUCGCUGGCAUCUUCAGCCCGUGGGGCGCCGCCGACAUAUUCCACUGGAGCUCCAACUACGGCCGUGACCCAGACCUCCUUCGUCUCGUCACGCCUGGCUUCGGAGAUUGCCUGCAGUAUAUCCAGUUCGUCGUCCUCACCGGAGGUCUGACCCUAAAUUAUCCGGGAUUCUACCAACCCAUCGUCAGCCAUGGGUCCUGGGCGGCCCUGAUGUUCAACCACAGCUUCGUCAGCAAUGACCCCGGAUGGAACAGCGUGCAGGAUGGCAUUUACUUCACUGACGGUAUUUACGGUCUGCAGAGGCUUGCCCAGUUGGUCGGCAUGGGAAACGUCGACGACAUCUGGGCCGGUAUGAUGGUCUGCUUGCUCGCCACCAUUGCUGGAAUGGUUGUGCUUGUCCAGGCCGGGUUUCUUGCCCAAUGGCUCUACCGGUUUGUGAAGAAGGAUUCUGAGGAGGAUUUGCGCGCCAAGAACAUCCCCUUCACCCUCGGGAACGUCAUCAGGACCGUUCUGAAUUAUUUCCUCCUACCGAUUGUGGCUUUGUCGACAUUCCAGCUUGUCGUGGCCAGUGACUCACCGGCUUAUGCAGUCGCGCUGGCGGUCGUGACCUUGGUCCUCAUCAUCGGCUUUGCAGCGUGGCUCCUGUACCUUAUCGCAACCACGAAACCGAGGGCGUUCUUGUUCGACGACCUCCCGACUGUCCUCCUCUACGGGCCUCUUUACAACACGUAUUCUGACGAAGCCGCCGCCUUCACACUCAUCCCGGUCCUUCUCACAUUUGUUCGCGGCAUUGCUAUCGGAGCUGUUCAGCCCGCCGGUGUUGCCCAGGUGGUCCUUCUCGCCAUUUGCGAGGUGAUCCAGAUUCUGACACUUCACGCCUUUCGGCCCUUCCACUCUCCCACAUCCAUGAACGCCUACCACACGCUUUUCUCUGCGCUUCGCCUCAUCACGGUCCUCCUGAUGGUGGCCUUUGUCCCUUCUCUUGGAGUGACGGAUGGCCCCAAGGGCUGGAUCGGCUAUGCCAUCCUUGUCACCCAUGCCGGUGUGCUCGUCCUCGGCUUCCUCCUGAACGCAGUGCAGACCAUGGUCGAAGUUAUAGCUCGGAUGCUAGGAGCCGGAGGCGAUGAUAUUCGCGGCCAGUCGAGAGGGGGUCUGUCCAAGAUAUUCGGCAUGCGACAGUUGUCGCGACGCAUGUCUCGACGGGAAAAUGGUCCAUCCAGGCACAGCCAGCUGUCCAGCUCGGCGAUGCUUGAUGCCGACGAGUUGUCCAAAACCGGAUACGUCAUGACCGGCGGCCGUGUCCGGAGUGAGUCUGCCGGAAGCAUGGGGAUGCUGAUGCACCGUCGCCAGAGAAGCUCGUCUGUGUUGGACAGUCUGAGUCUCGAUACGCCAGCGCGGAACCUUGACAGUGGCGCAAGCUCCUUCACCCCCACCACACCCGGUGAGGCUAGCACCUUCUCCUAUUUGCCAUCCCCAAAGCAUGUCGUGCGUCACCAAGGGCCCUUCGGUAUGCAGACGCCGGAUCCAUAUUAUCGUCCCCCAAGGCAACGGCGCGCCACUCUGGAGACGUCAUCUUCGCCCUCGUCCAGGACAGCCGGGCCGCGGCGGACAGGUGACUGGUCUCAAGGACGUAUGAGCCAGGCCGGGUCCGGCAGCAUCGGAGACCCUGUCGAGAUUGGCGCGGCAAUCUCUAGGGACGCCACGCCUGCGCCAUAUCCGGUUCCUUUUGUCCCGCGGACCGACUAUACGACCCGCGAGGUGGACUUCUAUUACGGCGUCAGGGGCGAGAGACUGAACUCGGGCGCGCCAAAUCGUAAGCUGGGGACCGGUCCUGCCGAUCCGACCGGCCCGGUGGCCUCUGCCGCCGGUUGGUUCCGGAGCAUGUUCGGAAAGAAAGGAAAGGACAAAGGGAAAGGAUUCGAGGUUGUCAGGAGCGCACGGAUGCCACCAGCCAUGCGUGCUGCGGCUGCGGAUUACGAGGAGGACCCUGCCCCGGAAGGAGUCCCUGUUGCGAUGGGUGUCUUGCGAAACGGGCCUAUCGAGUCGGAUGACGAGGAUGAGGGGCGACGAGAUAAAGGUGCCUCUCCAAUCGAUGACACAUUGCCGGAGCAAGAACCACUCAACGACGGAAGGAUUUCUCGCGACGACAGCAUGGACGACUUCGGCACUACAAGCGCACCACCCCAAUUGCCACCAAUGUCGUUGGUCACAGAAAAGGCUGCCGAAGAAACGAGAGAAACUUCGCUGCUUGGUGUGGACGAUGAUCUACAAGUUCCAGAAGUUCCUCGGAAGAGCUCCAAGCGGCAUUCGUGGGCCAACUCGCAGAAGUCGGAACCACCGUCCGUACCACAAACAGUCGAACCCAGCCCGUCGGCGGCGAACCUUGCUCCAUCAUCUGCGGCGGCAGCACCGUCCCGAUUGCCGUUUGAGCGGACGCCUUCCCAAAAGACGGGGUCGUCAGCAGGACUCACCGACGACUUCGUCCAGGCUGAUCUGCACGGGCCCAACAAGGGCACUCCCGAGGAGAGACAUGCCGGGUUUGGCUUUGUCAACCAGGGUAGCGUUAACAGAGUCGAACGCGAGGUUAAUCUGCUGGGGAGUUCUGCUGAGGUGGUUGAUGAGCGACGAUAG